AGAUGAUGCCUCAAUGUAAUGCUAUAAUUUGCACAAUCAAAUUUAUUCACCAUUUUGUUAAUGAUGGCGAUUCAUUAACGGUUUUAGCUAUUCAUAACAUUUGUCCGGUUUAUAAGGCAGACUUGGUGUAAUUUGAUUUAAGAAAAUAAUUUGCUUCAUGGGAUCUUUUGAGACUGGCCACACGAGGAAAAGGAUUAGCCACAAGUCGAGCGUUAAGUAUUUUAAUGUGGGUUAAAAACUGAUAAAACUCAACUCGACGACGUGUUCCUACAUCGAUUACAAGCUCUACCAUUGAACCAGGGUGCCAAAACGCAGCGCAGCAAUGACGGCCCCAUGGCUCUGCUCUGCCCGUACGUCAGUCAGUGCGGCCCUGAAAAUGUACCGAAUGCGUCAGCUGCUUAAGCUUUAGGUUCCGCCCCGAUCCGAGAGCCAGCUACACUGCGUCUGCCCAGUAUUGGGCCAUGGAUACUACCUUUAGCACUUGCAUCAUUUGUUUAUUGAUACCAAGCUAGGAAGGCAUAGGGUUUUUUAGGGGGGGAAAACACUGGCCUGAUUGGUAAGUGCUUCCCCUUUUUCAGAUUGCUGAAGGAUCCCCACUAUUUGGUUGAUUUAAAAACCCAGUAACCGUUAGCUGACAGGCUAGCUGGUGUAUAGCCAGGCUAACGGUGGCUAGGCUAGCCGAGUGGAAAGCCCGAAAUGACAGGCUAGAGCUGUCAUGGAUCAUGCGAGGGAUGUGUAUUUUAUGGAUACCACUGGACACAGUAGCUUUCAAUCAAAAGGAAAUAUGUAUACGGUUCUAUUGAGGCUCUCUUGAGUGAUAACAUCGCUGAUCGCUGUUUAUGCCGGCGUUUUAACCAGUGUGAAUGACUAGCUGAAAUUUGAGAACAAAGAUUGGUUGUAAGCUAUCGUAGCUAACUGUUAACGGUGACUGAUUAACGUUUCAUUCUGUUCUCCCUCACACAUAACACACACCCUGCUCACUGCUGACUCCAACGAGGAUAUAUAUAUAUAGCUGUACAUGUAUAGAGAUGAUAUUUAUCUUAUUUAAAAAUAUGUUUUCCUGAAACGAAAAUGUCAGCUUUAUUUAAAUAAUUGAUGAUUUCGAUGAUUAACUCGAGGCUAUCUAUCAUUAUGGAGAUUUGAAGCUGUUUGUGGACACUGAGGAUGACGUGACUUAACGAGCUGUCAGAAUCUGCAUCUCGCCCGCUCACCGUGUUGGCCUUAUAAUUGUUCACGCGAUCUAGUUAACCUCAGUCCGAUUUCUGACCUUAUUGUUGUGAAUGUUAUCCAGUCUACCUCAGAUCUCUAUCCAGGGUGUUGUUGUCAAAACCUUUCAUGUCCUUAGUGAAUGGUCCGAUUGGUUGCUACCUGUCUCUCUUGUGAUAUUAUUUAGCCUAAGAAGUCUUCUGCUUCGAUUGUUUCCGUUGAUGGUGAGUCAAUUCUCAGAGGAACUGAAAAAGCCCAUUUGUGAAUAGUUAUCAUCCUCUAAUGGAUACACUUCCUAAACUAUUUUUCCGGGAGAACGAAAAGCAUUUCUACAUUUGUAUCGCAUCACUCUUUUUUCUUCCCCUACUCUAAUUUUGGUUGCAUACAUUUGCUGUCCCUAGGUUGAGUCUUUAGUGAGGUGGGCUGACCAGUGAAUGCAUAGAGUCAAGAAGGUCAAGCUUUGUGACAAUACAGAAGGUAUCUGGAAAAGCAGCUGUGUCAGUGUGAGCAUGGCAGCAGUGGACGGGCUUUCAGACAGCACGGAGGUAGUGGAGAUGGAGGACGUCCCGUCUCAGUUCUACGUGGAGAAGCACUCCUGGGACGGCUUGCGGGACAUUAUCCACUGCAGCAGGAAGUACUCGGGCAUGAUCGCCAACAAGGCACCGCACGACUUUCAGUUUGUGCAGAAGAAGGAAGAGAACGGCCCCCACUCCCACCGUCUUUACUACCUCGGAAUGCCUUAUGGAAGCAGAAACUCGUUGCUCUACUCGGAGAUCCCCAAGAAGAUUCGCAAGGAGGCCCUCCUCGUGUUGUCAUGGAAGCAGAUGCUGGACCACUUUCAGGCCACCCCCCACCAGGGGGCGUACUCCCGUGAGGAAGAGUUAUUGAGGGAGAGGAAGCGGCUGGGAGCGUUCGGCAUCACGUCCUACGACUACCACGCCAAGACGGGCCUGUUCCUCUUCCAGGCCAGCAACAGCCUCUUCUACUGUCAGGACGGAGGCCACAACGGCUUCAUUUCCUCUCCAAUCAAGCCUGUGGAGGUGAAGACCCACUGCUCCGGGACCCGCAUGGACCCCAAGAUCUGCCCCGGGCACCCGGACUUCAUCGCCUUCGUCAACAGCAACGACCUGUGGAUGGCCAACAUCAAGAGUGGAGAGGAGCGCAGGCUCACCUUCUGCCACAAAGGUCUGGACAACGUCAAAGAGGACCCCAAGUCAGCGGGCGUGGCCACGUUUGUCAUCCAGGAGGAGUUUGACCGUUUCACCGGCUACUGGUGGAGCCCUCAGCCACAGAAGUAGCCCGACGGAGGGAAGACUAUGUACCUGCUGUACGAGGAGGUGGACGAGAGCGAGGUGGAGAUCAUACAUGUCCCCUCCCCUGCCCUGGAGGAGAGGAAGGCCGACGCCUACAGAUACCCCCGCACAGGUAGUAAAAAUCCCCAGGCCACCCUUAAACUGGCUGAGAUCAAGACGGAUCACCAAGGCAGGAUCGUCAGCACGCAAGACAAAGAGCUGGUCCUCCCCUUCACCACACUCUUUCCCGGCACAGAGUACAUCGCCAGAGCCGGCUGGACGACUGACGGCAAAUACGGCUGGGCAGUGCUGCUGGACCGCUGUCAGAGAAGGCUCCAGCUGGUGCUGCUGCCCCCCCUCUUCAUCCCCGUCACCGACGACCCCGCGCAGAGACUGGACAGCCUGCAGAGUCUGCCCGGCAACACGCAGCCCUACAUCGUGUACGAGGAGACCACGGACGUGUGGAUAAACGUUCACGAUAUCUUCUACCCGUUCGUUCAGACCACGGACGAAGAGUUCACUUUCAUUUGGGUCAACGAGUCCAAGACGGGCUUCAGCCAUCUGUAUAAAACCACCUCCCUGUUACAGCCGCGUUCCUACCACUGGGCCGGGGACUACCAGUACAUAGAGGGGGAUUUCAAAUGUGCAAUCAAGGAGGAGGUGACGCUGACAAGUGGAGAGUGGGAGGUUCUGGCCCGCCACGGCUCCAAGAUCUGGGUGAACGAGGCCACCAAGCUGGUGUACUUCCAGGGCACCCGGGACACGCCCCUGGAGCACCACCUGUACGUGGUCAGCUACGAGGUGCCCGGCGACGUGGUGCGACUCACCAAGCCCGGCUUCUCCCACAGCUGCUCCGUCAGCCAGAACUUUGACAUGUUCGUCAGCCACUACAGUAACGUGAGCACGCCCCCCUGCGUGCAUGUCUACAAGCUGACCGGCUCGGAGGGCAACCCCUUGCACAUGGUGCCUGAGUUCUGGGCCAGCAUGAUGGAGUCACCAGGUUGCCCAGGCGACUACAACCCGCCAGAGAUCUUUGACUUCCCGGGGAAGUCUGGCUUCCAGCUGUACGGCAUGGUGUACAAGCCCCACAACCUGCAGCCCGGCCGGAAGCACCCCACCGUGCUGUUUGUCUACGGGGGGCCCCAGGUCCAGCUGGUGAACAACUCCUUCAAGGGGAUGAAGUAUCUGCGUCUGAACACGCUGGCCUCGCUGGGCUAUGCCGUGGUGGUCAUCGACGGCAGGGGGUCCUGCCAGCGGGGCCUGGAGUUCGAAGGGGCGCUGAAGAACAAACUGGGCCAGGUGGAGAUCGAGGACCAGGUGGAGGGGCUCCAGUUCGUGGCGGAGAGGUACAACUUUGUGGACCUGAGCCGCGUGGCCAUCCACGGCUGGUCCUAUGGGGGCUUCCUGUCCCUCAUGGGCCUCAUCCAGAGGCCCAACGUCUUCAAGGUGGCCAUCGCGGGCGCCCCGGUGACGGUGUGGAUGGCGUACGACACGGGCUACACGGAGCGCUACAUGGACAUCCCCGAGAACAACCAGCAGGGCUACGAGGAGGGCUCGGUGGCCCUGCACGUGGACAAACUGCCCAGCGAGCCCAACCGGUUGCUGAUUCUCCAUGGAUUCCUGGACGAGAACGUGCACUUUUUCCACACCAAUUUCCUCGUGUCGCAGAUCAUCCGCGCUGGGAAGCCCUACCAGCUGCAGGUGUACCCCAACGAGCGCCACAGUAUUCGCUGUCCUGAGUCGGGAGAGCACUACGAGAUCAUGCUGCUGUACUUUUUACAACAAUACCUCUAAAGAGCACACACCGAGAGGGGGGUGAACGGGGGAUGAGCGGCUCCCUUCAUCCCCCGUCAGCCAACAUCACCCACCUCCCUCCCUCUCCCCCCCUCACUAGAGACUUCCACCUUGAGGACACUCUUAACUAUGAACUGGAACGCUCACUACGCAAAAAUCCACUUCUUCUUCCUCCUCCUCUUCGCUCUCUCUGCUCUCACCCGCUGUCCCUCCCUCUCCCUUCCCCUCUCUGGCCUUGGUUCGUUACUGUUCUGCUUGCUGUGUUCCACGGCCCCCCCUCCUCGGUGUAUGGUCUGCGGCCCGCGGCUGUUGUCGAGGACAGGAGUGGUCGGUUCUUGUUCUGAUUUUUUUUUUUGGUUUUGCGUUUCGCCUGCAGAAACUGAAGAAAGGACGGGAUAUAUGUUGAGAAAUAUACAGGCUGCCUCACGCUCACUGUUCACCCACAGCUAGUCAACUCCACACACACUGUUUCCUUUCCUUUGCCAAAACCAUUUGUGUGUCCGCGUCUGCGGUGGUGUGUGUGACUAAUGCGCGCGUGUACGUUUAUGUCUGUGCGCGCGUGUGUGUGUGCGUUCGAUUUUCACGGUGCAAACCCGACUUCAACCCAUUUCAUCCGUUUUUGUCACUGGUCGGACCGGGAUCAUGGUACUUAAUGAUAUUAAGAGUUGUCUUAAACAUACUUACAGACACACAAACCCACAUACAGUUCAUACACUCGAUUCCCCAGCCCACGUA